AUGCUGAAGCGCGUGUUCGACCCGCCGCCACGGACGCUCGACUCGAGCGCCUUUGAGGCGCUCCUGGCCAAGCGCACGCUUGCCGAGCUGCGUGCAGCCGUCCAGGACGGAACCUUUGAGGCCGCUCAGCGGAAGGCCUUCAAGCGCGGGCGCGCUGUCACAUGCUCGGCAUCGUCCGGGAGCGAGGGCGUGAGCAGCGGCGGCGGAGCCGUUGGGGGCGGCGAUGGCGCCAACAGCGCGAUCAGCGGCGGCGCCAGCGCCGGCGGCUCGGGCGCCCGUGCUAGCGGCGGCCACGGCGCGGGCGUCAGCAGCGCGCGGGGGGCCAAGCCACGGCACGAAGGCGGCGGCGGCGGCGGCGGCGGCACCGGCGACUGCACGGCCGCCUCGGGCCCUGGCGUGCACCACGGAGAUGGCGGCAGCCCCACUGAGCCCCAGGUUGACCCCGAGUGGCAGCGCCAGCAGCUAGCUGCGGUGCAGCGGGAGAUCGAGGAGGAGCAGGCCGCCAGCCGCGAGGAUAAGCGGGCGGAGCGGGCGCGGCUGGCGGCGGAGCAGGAGGCGGCGACUGCUGAGCUGGCGGAGCUGCGGGAGCGGCUGCAGGGCAUCAAGGGCGAGAAGCACGAGGCGGUGCAGCAGCUGAAAAAGCGCAGCAACAUCAACAUCAGCAGCCAGGAGGGCAUGGUGGGCAUGGCCCCAGCUGGCGAGGUGGCCCCGCAGCGCCGCAGCCGGCCGGCGGCGGCGGGCGCGGCUGGGUGGGCGGCCCAGACGGCCACCGCGGCGGCAGCGGGCCUCCUGAUCGCUCUGGCGGCCCUGCGGGCGCAGGAGGCCGUGGCGCUGGCCCCGGCCCAGGCGGCCAGCAGUGGCAGCAGCCGCUGCCACCACAGCAGCGGCGGCCUCCGGCCUUGCCACCUGGCUUUAGCGGCGCCGGCGCCGGCGGCGGGGUCGGGGGCGGGGCCGCCAGCGGCGGCGUUGGUGGCGGCGGCGGGGCGACCAGAGACCGUCAUGCCCACCACUGUGGUUCCCGGUUUCCUCUACCUGGGCAGCUACGACACCGCGUCGCGCCAGGAGCUCCUCAGGGCCAUGCAGAUCACAGACAUUCUCAACACUGUGCCCAGCUGCCAGCCACUGUUCAAGAACACAUUCAACUACCUUACAGUGUCAACCGCACCCCCAGAGUUUGAGCAGUGCUUUGAGUUUUUGGACAAGGUCAACAGCGAGAACAAGCGCGUCCUGGUGUACUGCAUGAGUGGCGUGUCGAGGGGCCCCGCGGUGGUGAUUGGCUACCUCAUGAAGCUCCGCAACUGGCGGCUGGUGGAGGCCUACAAAUGGGUCAAAGACAAGCGGCCCCUGGUCAACAUAUCGCAGGGGGACACCAAGCGGCUGGUUGACCUGGAGAUGCGGCUACACAACUCAUGCUCGGUGCCCUUUGGCUUUGCAGCCGUCAGCCUGCCAGGUUCGCUCGUCCCGCAGCAGCAGCAGCAUACACACGCACAGGAACAACAGCAGCAGCAGCAGCAGCAGCAGCAGCAGCAGCAGCAGGCACACGAGCAGCAGCAACAGCAGCAGCAGCAGCAGCACCUACAGAUGGCGCCGGCGGGGUCGUCACCAGCAGCAGCUGGCGGCGAAGACGCCUAUGGCGGCAGCAGCUACUACAGCAGCAACCUUGGGGCCCUCUCACGCACGGUGGCCAGGGACGCGCCCUCAGCUGAGAUUGAUCCGUACGGUCAGCAGCGAGUUUCAGUGGACAGCUUCGCCAACCGCGGCUUCGCCAUCGACGGCGGCACUGCCUUUGUCAACGUCGUGCUCCUGCUGCUUCUGUUUGGCCUCUCUUUUGAGCGUAUUUUCGGCCUUGACAAGGUGAUAAACAAUGCGCUGCGGCGCUGGAAGGAGUCGCGUGUCGAGGGGCGGCGCUACGAGGUGUACGAUGCGCGGCAGCAGCUGGAGAGGCAGUGGAGCGGUGAUGAGGACGGAGCGGGCAACGCCGGCUCAGACAGGGGCCCGCGCCGCCCGCCGGGGCCGCCAGGGGACAGCUGA